GGAUAUGAAAACGCAGGCGCCAGGACGAUCAAUAAACAGUAAAAGUUGAGGGCAAGAGGCCAGUAGCAUACAGAUUUGCAGUGGGAUAACAUCAUCAUCCGAAUUCAAGUGUAUUGUACAGUUUUGAGUGGUGAGGCUCAGGCGGCUGGUCGAUCAUGCAACCGCCACCGAGGAAGGGCAAUUAUGCGAAGUUUUUGAAAAAUGUACACAGUGAACAGGCUGCUAAACUAGCGGCUAAAAAUCAACAUGAGUGUGAUCUUCUUGAAGAUAUAAGAAACUUCACAUUGAAAAAAUCGGCUAUAGAAAAAUCAUAUUCUGAAGCAUUACUUAAAAUAUCUUCAGCGUAUUUGAAUAAGAAGAUUCCAAAUAUUCCAGAUUUAAAAAUAGAUAAUGCUGAUGAAAAAUGGAACAUGUGGAAUGUUUGGCGGACCGUACUAGAAGAAAAUGAAAAAUUAGCGCGAGCGCGGUUGGCUGCUGUUGAAGUAUUUCAACAGCAAAUAGCAGAUGAUGCAAAAGUUUUACGUAUGCAUAAAAUGCAAAUAUCAAAAAAGGCAGUAGACCAACUACUGAUAGUACAAAAAGAACUACAGACAUGUGUACAGGAUGUCGAUAAAACAAAGAAAUUAUACCACGACGAAGAACACAGCGCUCAUGACGUCCGCGACAAAGCCAAAGAUAUCGAAGAAAAGCUAAAGAAGAAAAAAGGAUCAUUUUUCCAGUCAAUAACUUCUUUGCAGAAAAAUAGCGCCAAGGUAACAUCAAAACGCGAUGCUCUGGAAGAAAAAUCAACGGGAGCGCGUAACGAUUACUUGUUGAGUCUAGCAGCCGCCAACGCCCAUCAGAAUCGCUAUUUCGCGGUCGAUCUGCAAACCACGAUGCAGUAUCUUGAGCAGAAUGUCUAUGAAAAAGUUCAAGAGUAUUUGACACUUAUGGGUCGCACUGAAUUGCUCACUUGCAUGGCUACACAAAAUAGUUUUGGGAAAAUUCGUGAUCAAGCACAACAGCUCACAAGAGAAUACAACAUCCAAUGCUGCAAUUUAUAUUACCCGGUAUUAAAACAACAUAUACAGUAUGAUUUCGAGCCUUGUGACAGUGAUCCAAUUGAUAGGGUAACUGCAGAUCAUUCGGCUGCAACAUCGCUGGGCAAAGAAGCCCGACGAUGGUCAUCAAAAAUAGCCCGGGAAGUAAGCAAUAUCCGCGAGAAUACUAGAAAAUUACAUGCAAUGCUCCAGCUCAAGGAGUCAGGACAAAAGAGUGACCCGAAUGAUCCAAAUGGUCCAGAUUUAGACACCAAAAUAGACGAAUUGAAGCACAAUAUUCGACGCGCUGAGACGGCCAAAAUGAAAGCUGAAGCUCGGAUCGAAUGUCUGCGUGCUGGCGGAGUUAAUGUCGACGAGUUCCUGCAAGAGGCUGAGACUCUGAGCGUCCAGGACAUGCCGCGUUCAGCGAGCUCUUUGUCAGUACGUACUGACGCAUCGGGAGCUGCGGAACACCCGUCCUCAGAUUCGUUCUACGACAGCGACAAUGACGCUGGUAGCGAUUUAACGACCGUCGAGAGGCCCGGCAGUGCUCGUCAAUCCAGCCAGCACGAGGAUGAGGCUUAUAAUGAACGCGAGAGGCAUGAUAGCGCUGAAGUUGAUGCUCUACUCGAAGAAGAAAAGCAACGAAUGGAGCAAACAGUAGCUGGUUGGGACGAUCCAACCCAGAUAGAUUGGGGAACUACUGACGAAAAAGGAGAAGUAGUCACCGACACAGCAGCUGAAGUAUCUGAUCAAAACGCCGGUCUACAAUUAUUCAAAUGCACUGCUCUAUAUUCUUACACUGCACAAAAUCCAGACGAGUUAUCAAUAGUCGAAAGCGAGCAAUUAGAAGUAGUAGGCGAGGGCGACGGGGAUGGCUGGCUGCGAGCCAGGAAUUACCGCGGAGAGGAAGGCUUCGUUCCGCAGAAUUACUUGGACGUUGAGCGAGAAGCUGUGGCCACAACGGGGCUGACAUCCCAGCCGGGACUGGUGACACAGAUUUCUUUCUCCUCGGUGGACUACACCAUCGACGACCAUGACGCGGUUGAUCCUGAUGCUCAUCUCCACGCGCAGCAAGAACCAGUUCCUCAGGAAGCGGAACCAGAACCACAGCAACAACAGCAACAACAACAACAACAACAACAACAACAACAACAACAACAACAGCAGCAGGAGUAUCAACAGCAAUAUGUUCCUGAAGAUCCUGGGGCUUCGUACUGCAUCGCUCUUUAUGACUACGACGCGACUUGCGAUGAAGAGCUGACUUUCAUGGAAGGAGAUGUGCUCAAAAUAAUCAAGACAGAGCCCCAUGACGUGGACGACGGCUGGUGGGAAGGAGAGCUUCAUGGUCGCAGGGGAUUGUUUCCUUCGCUGGUUGUUGAACCCUGUGCUCCUGAUGGCGCUCCGCUAACUCCUGAAGAAAGCAUGACACCCCCUAGUUCAGCUCCGCCUGUUUUUACGCCUCCAGAAGUUCCUGAAUACGCGCUUACUGAAGAACUUGCUUUAGCUUUUGCAGCAGAAGAAGAAAAGCCGCCAAUAAUAAACGGUGAAGUAGAAAACUUUUCCAUGACCAUGUCCAGAGACCAGAAAAGUCACUACGGAAGUCAAUUCGAUGAGACCGGUGCGCCUGGAAUAGUCGUCGUUCAAGUGUCGGAUGAAGGCAACAAGGAGCAGCAGGAUGAAAAGGUAAUAAAAGAUGGAGACCGGCCUAAAAUAAAACUAGAAAAAGUUGAAGACGACGGGGGCCUAGGUGUCGCGCAGAUCGUGAUUACCGCAGCGACGCCUAUGGAAGAAAUCGAGCGACCUUUUCCCGGGGAAGAAGACGAGAAGCAAGAUGAAGGUGAGGAAGAAGAAAAAAAAGCCGAAGAAAUAGUUAAGGAAGAAAUAAUUAAAGAAGAAAUAAAAGAACAAGAACACCAAGUAACUCCGCCUAAUGAAGAAGUCGAAGAAAAGUCAACCGUGGACGACUUGCCAGCUGACUCGGCGCCAUUUCCUAUAAGCAGCAGCUCUGGAAGUGAAGCUGACUCGACAUCCGGGCCUAGCACUGCUGACAAUUCAACGUCACUGCCUUCCCGAGGUACAGUUAUUGAAAUGCAAGUCGAGAACAACGAGACCAGCGACGAGCAGCCUGACAUCAUCCCCGAGAAGAUGUUGAUCGGCGGACGCGCCAGCAUACCUGAUGAGCUACAGCCGGACCAGCUGGAGAAGCUUCAGAACCUCAAGGAAUCCAAUGCCUAGGAUUGACUCUACCUCGGAGAUGAGGGUAACAAUGCCUUAACAGAAAAACUGGCUCUUCCUUACAAUCAUCAAAAUAAAUUUCAUUCCUUGAUGAAGUUUUGGAAUAAUUCUCCGGUGGUUUUCGGGAAUAAAGACUCUAAUAAAGUUUAUUUCAAUAAUGAUAAUACCAUUACCAAUAAUGAUAACAAUAUUAAUAAUAAUAAUAAUAAUAAUAAUAAUAAUAAUAAUGAGGAUGAUAUUUAAAGAAGACUACUAUAAGGAAACUAAUAAAUGCUAUUCCCCGUGUGUGUUUCGCGAGAUAAAUCCCCAAGAAAUGUUCAUUAUUUAUUAUUAAUUAUCAAAUAUUUUUAUGUUGAUAUUAUGUACACAAAUUUUUUCUAGGCAAUACUCUAGGUAACUAUUGUAACGCGUUGUGAUUUUUGCAACGUUAUCGCUAUAUAUAUAAAUAAAUAAAUAAAUAAAUAAAUAAAUAAUUAUUAUAAAUUAUAAUGAAACAAAGAACAAUAAUGUGAAAAUAUUAAAUAAUAAAUGAGAUUAAUUGUACAGUCGUAAAUAAAGAGAUUAAAAAUAUUGUCGA